AGAGAGAGAGUUAUACUGUGCCGUAGCAUAAAUUCUCAACCAGAAAACGCUCUUUCUCUUUCCCUUUCAUCUUUUGUCCACUGGUUUGACUUCCGUCCUUUUUGCUCGCCGUCCGUACCAUCCCGCCGGCGUGUAUCGCGGGAGAUUUACUAAAAUCUGAGCAUUCAAGAUCAUGCAAUCGGGCUCCGACAAGCUUUCGCCUCUUGAUCUUAUGAUCGCGAUCUUAAAGGGAGGAGUUAUGGACCAAUCAAAUGUCUCAUCUGAAUCAGGUGUGGAACUGUCUCCUUUGGCGAUGCUGGUGGAGAAUCGGGAGUUAAUGAUGAUGCUAACUACUUCCUUAGCGCUGCUGAUUGGAUGUGUUGUGGUUCUCGUAUGGCGUCGAUCGUCGAAUGCGAAGUCAAGUAAAUCAUUUGAGCCGCCGAAGCCGUUGAUUCUGAAAACUGAUUUGGAACCUGAAGUGGAUGAUGGUAGGACGAAGGUUACCGUUUUCUUUGGUACUCAAACUGGAACUGCUGAAGGUUUCGCUAAGGCACUCGUUGAUGAAGCUAAAACUAGAUACGAGAAAGCGGUCUUCAAAGUGGUUGAUUUAGAUGAUUAUGCUGCGGAGGAUGAAGAAUACGAGGAGAAACUGCAGAAAGAGACUUUGACGUUUUUCUUCCUAGCUACGUACGGUGAUGGUGAACCAACUGACAAUGCUGCCCGAUUCUACAAAUGGUUUUCUGAGGGAAACGAGAAAGGAGAAUGGUUGCAACAUCUUUCUUUCGGAGUAUUUGGCCUCGGUAACAGGCAGUAUGAGCAUUUCAACAAGAUAGGAAAAGUGGUUGAUGAGCAACUGACUGCUGCGGGUGCAAAGCGCCUUGUUCCUGUUGGUCUUGGAGAUGAUGAUCAAUGCAUUGAAGAUGAUUUUACUGCAUGGCGAGAGUUAUUGUGGCCUGAGUUGGAUCAGCUGCUCCGAGAUGAAGAUGAUGCUAAAGUUUCCACCCCUUACACUGCUGUUGUGCCUGAAUAUCGAGUUGUAAUUCAUGACCAUGCAAAUGCAUCUGUAUUAGACAAGAGCUUGAGUCAAAAUGGACACAGUGUGCAUGAUAUUCAUCAUCCAUGCAGAGCAAAUGUGGCGGUGAGAAAGGAACUACAUACUCCUCUAUCUGAUCGUUCUUGCAUUCACCUGGAAUUUGACAUUUCUGGUACUGGGCUCACAUAUGAGACAGGCGACCAUGUUGGUGUGCACUGUGAAAACUUGAUUGAAACUGUGGAAGAAGCUGAAAAGCUGUUGGGCCUUUCUCCACAAACCUAUUUCUCAAUCCACACGGAUAAAGAAGAUGGAACACCUCUUGGUGGAAGCUCUUUGCUACCUCCUUUCCCUCCAUGCACUCUACGAACAGCACUCACUAAAUAUGCAGAUCUUUUGACUUCCCCUAAAAAGUCUGCGCUUCUUGCUUUGGCGGCUCAUGCAUCUGAUCCAAUUGAAGCUGGUAGAUUAAGACAUCUUGCAUCCCCUGCUGGAAAGGAUGAGUAUUCGCAAUGGGUGGUUGCAAGCAUGAGAAGUCUUCUCGAGGUCAUGACAGAAUUCCCAUCUACAAAGCCUCCACUGGGAGUUUUCUUUGCGGCCAUUGCCCCACGGUUGCAACCUAGAUACUACUCAAUUUCUUCAUCUCCCAAGUUAGUACCAUCAAGAAUCCAUGUCACCUGUGCAUUAGUUCAUGAGGAGAUGCCAACAGGACGGAUCCAUAAAGGAAUUUGUUCAACUUGGAUGAAGAAUGCUCUGCCUCUGGAGGAAAGCCGUGAUUGCAGCUGGGCUCCCAUUUUUGUCAGGCAAUCAAAUUUCAAGCUUCCCAAUGAUGCUAAAGUGCCAAUCAUCAUGAUUGGUCCUGGAACUGGAUUUGCUCCUUUUAGGGGGUUUCUACAGGAACGGUUAGCUCUUAAAGAAGGAGGAAUUGAACUUGGACCAUCCAUUUUGUUUUUCGGGUGUAGGAACAGGAAAAUGGAUUACAUUUAUGAAGAUGAAUUAAACAACUUUGUUGAAACUGGCGUUCUUUCUGAGUUGAGUGUUGCAUUUUCACGGGAAGGCCCUACCAAGCAAUAUGUCCAACAUAUGAUGAUGGAAAAGGCAUUGGAUAUCUGGAAUAUGUUAUCUGAGGGUGGUGCAUACAUUUAUGUUUGUGGAGAUGCCAAAAGCAUGGCUAAAGAUGUUCACCGCACUCUUCAUACCAUUUUACAAGAGCAGGGAUCUAUGGAGAGCUCGGCUGCUGAAAACAUGGUGAAGAAUAUGCAAACAAAUGGGAGAUAUUUGCGUGACGUUUGGUAAAGAGUAAGUUGGGAAGAUGUAAUGCAAUAAUUUUAAGGGGUUAGUAUUAUUUCAAUUCUUAUUAUACAAGGAAAACUUAGUGUGAGCAAAGGAACAAACACCCUUCCUUUGUCAUCAUCAGAUGGUUUUAAAAUGAUUUUUUGGUUCUUGUAUUCUGUAUGUAUUAUUAUUUUUAUUAAUAUUAUACAUACAAACAUAAAUAGGAGGAGGAGGAGCCUCAAGUAGUACUACUUAUCCUUC